AGUAAAAAGAACAGCACCGCUGUAACUGCGUGGGAGGAAAAACUGGCGGAUAAUAUGGGCUGGUCAAUGCGAAAGUGCCGCUGACGUCGAUGUCGAUAAGUCGAAAAUAGCGAAAAGACGGUAAUAAAGAAGUCGAGAAAUGAGAAGCAGAGGAAAGCGGAGAGGAGAGUGGUGGCGGACGGAAGUGACGAUUACGACCAAACGCCUGGAGACGUUUGCAUAAGCAGCGCUUCUGCCGCCGUCGCCGCGUACAAUAGCGAACGGCAAUGUCGAUGACUAGUCACUACUCAUCACCGAUCAGCGUCUAUUACGACGAGGAACGCCAUUGCCGUCACGACUAGAGCGACACUGAAUAGAAGUAAUAGCAGUCACUAGUAUCAGUAACGAUGGUUGUUCUCCUAACUGCUGUGGCUCAUGUACAGUAUUAUAGUCAGAGUUUCCGUCCGCGUCGGUGUUGCCGCGUGUCCUACUGCUAUGGCUUCGUAUCCACGAAACAACGGUUAAGUCGACGACCCAGCUACGCGACGUCCGACUAGCGGUCGGCCACGAUGAAGAAAUAAGACAACGUUGUUUUUAUUAUUACAGCUACCUCUACUAAUACUACUUUUACCGCUGCUUUUUGUGAUAACCUUAGUAAUAUCGGAGAUCCAACGGUCAAUCCAUCUAUCUGUCUGUCUAGUAGCAAGCAACCAAUGACUGUGCUCCCGUCUAGUGAUAUACGCGUAGCUGGCAACGAGUUGUCCGCGUGGCAGUGGUAGGGAAAGUAAUUGCCAAGCGUCGUGAUUGGUUGCGUUUGCUAACGCGUUCGCUAUCAUCUUGCUACUGCUCCUGCCUAGAACCGGCGCUGUUGUCGACGAGGCACCGAUCUGCGACCAAUAAGCAAAAGCAAGAACAGGAAGCAUUCGUUGACCAACGUUCAAGUGAGCCCAAAUAGACAAAUAACAUUCAAAGGGACGGACGGAUGGACGGACGGACGAAUCAAAAACACGCAGAUCACAAGAAUCACGGGACAAAUGUAUAGAACGAGUAAGGCAGGGAGUAGAAGCAACGUGAUCGGGAUUGCUGUGUACCCUUUUGUUGAACAUCUAACUUCCACAGAAUACCUACGAAGGUUAACGUCUGUAGUUGUGAUAGAAGUGGUCGUUAUAGUUGCACUUGAUUCUGGCUGUCCUGAUACCCGAUUCAUGCUUGUGUCUGUCACCGUUGUUGUUGCUAGCAUCAUCGUCGUUUUCGGCCACUGUAGCAUCCUUUUACCGCCUUUUUGCUAAAGGAAUAAAAAAAAGUCGGCUUUUUAUUUUUGCUUGCGUUGCUGCUGCUCCUGUUGAUUUUAACAUAUCACAUGACGCCUCGACACGCGUAUGAAGUGUAGGCGAUGCAAGAGCAAAUGGUGCCCGGACCGCCAGUGCAGAUGCAGCGGUAAGACCGACAUCAACAAUAACACUCUAAGCUAUGGCUCAUCAUCACUAUUUCGUUUCAUCGGACAGAUUGACAGAUUAUGAAGGUAGCUCAGUCAGCUGUUCCGGUGUCUGCAGAACAAAUAGGCUCAAUCUGUCAGGGCAUGGUUACACAUUUCUCAUUUGUGCUUACCGCACUCGACUCGCGAUGGAGCUUCGGCUUCGUACGACAUACCCCAAACUUACCCACUUGCCUUGUUCUAGUCUCUGAUCUUCCCUGGCAUGAAACAUUUUACCGACUUUUGAAUCACAUCUCGGAUCUAACGGCUCAUAGGGAAGAUUUCCUUAUAGAAGAUUUUCUGGAUAACUUAUACUCGUGCAACGUCCCACAACCAGGCUUCCAACUCGUGGUCAAUUAUAAUCGAAGCCGAUCAGCGUGGUCGCACAUCUGCUGCAAUCAUACUAUACCUCCAUCGAUACCUGAAGAUCGUAACCUAACAGAAUAUUAUAACGCUUGCGAUCACCACAUCAUGGUUCAAUUGUUCACAGCGAUGCUUCAUGAAAGACGAAUCGUUAUCGUAUCACGCCGAUUGAAUCGGUUAUCGUCGUGCGUCCAAGCGGCGAAUCUGCUUAUCUACCCUAUGCAAUGGCAACAUCUCUUCAUUCCCGUACUGCCUCUCGCUGUGGUAGACACCCUCAACGCACCAAUGCCCUACCUCAUUGGCGUGCCCUCCUCGACAUGGGAGCGCGUCCGCCAGUCAGAAUUAGGGGAUGUGGUCGUAUAUCACGCCGAUCAGAAUAAAUUCUCUAAUCCUUUUCGCGACAGUCUACCAAGCGAGAUUGAAGCAGGAUUGAAACGAAAACUCAAGAACCAGGACGCGCAACUUGGUGACGGAUUCGCGCAGGCGUUCAUGCACGUUCUGGUCAUAUUGAUCGGAGAUUACCGUUCGGGAUUCCGACAAAACCCGCGGACAGGGAAGUUGGACUUCGAUAAAGAACGCUUUCUGCAGGCCCAACCUUCUUCGCUACGCCCAUUUCUAGAAGGAAUGCUACAGCUUCAGAUAUUCGCUGAAUUUGUUGAAAAUCGGAUGCGGCGUGUAAAUGAGCCUAUUUCAGAUAGAUUCGAGAUCGAAACGGCCAUACUCAAUAAAAAUAGCCACAAGUUCAAGUAUAAAGAGUGGCUUCAGCAAAAGCCGGCAUCUGCUGUUCGAUCAGCGUACAAACAGGUGAAGCAGACGGGAAAUCUUGUGAAAGACAAGAGCCGUAAGGCAGUCAAGGACAUCCAGACUAGAAUGAACAGUGGUGCACACAAUGGCCAUCACAUGGGCCAGAUCUCUGGCCCGCAUGACAAGCUAAGGCGCCACAGCGCCAGUGGUCCACCACCUCUACAAAGAAUGCACACUUCACCGAAUAUUCGUCUGACCCAGCCAAUUGAACGAGUCGUCCCUCCGGAAAGACCAACGCCACCAAGACGUCCUACAUCACCACCGCCUGCAGUGCCAGUUGUCAAUGACCUCAUCUGUCUUGACGAUUCGCCAAAGAAACACAUCAGUGGUCUGCCGAAUGGUAACAGCGUCCUCGAUGGAUUCGAGGACAGUUUCGUUCCUUUAAAUGGGCAUACUAGCGGUGCAAAUGGCCAGCAGCCGAACGGAGCGUCUGCGCAAAAUGAAGUAGCGAAAGGUGCAGUGCACAUGCGUGGAAGCACCAGUGCUCGAACCGCUGGAGGACGCUCUACUAUCCCGCCGUUAAGCAACUCAACGUUUCACACAUCAGCUUCCGACAAUGUUCUCAUAAGUAAAUUCUACUCAGAUUUUGACUCGAGACCUUCACCAGUGUCUCCUGUCAAGGUGCAAGAACUAAUUGCGAACUUUAGUGGCCUGCAAAUGAAUCUGAAGAAUCCAGUUGGUGCUGACCCAGCUGCUGGCGAACUUCUAAAUGGGAGAGACGCAGCAAGUUCUCUUCCAGUUCUACAGCCGCCGCCACGAAAAAUGGAUUUGAAGAGGCAUCCCCAUCCGUCUCGGCCACCGAGAGCCCACGUUCUCCAUCUGUUGAAUGAGGACACGAUGGAAGGGGGAGUCGCACCGCCAUCGGCUCUUUCCGAAUGGACGGCACCUCAGAAAGUUGCACCCACAAAUCCUUUUUCUCAUCACCUGUAGCUUUUUGAGGUCGAGGACAAUACACAAAUCAAAGGAUCGGCGGUUCCAUUUGACGAGUCAUUUGUAUCAUUGUCUUUUUCAGUGCCUACCAGGUACAUGCCAAGAGACCCUAACCCUCUUCCAUCUUUUUGGCAGUCAUCAAAAUAGAAAGAUACGUAAGACCUAUUCAACGUUGGGUCAUCGUCUCAACACUGAUUGUUAUGUACACGCAAUGGACAAAAACAUGGCCUGUGAUGAACUGCUUACAAACAGUGCGUAUAUGGCAAAAACAAGAAGCAAUUAUUAGUAAUCAAGACUGACUUGUUCUAUCAAAGCCUCGUCUUCCUCUUACCACAAAAAUCCCUAUCAAUAUGAGAUUCAAGAUGUAACGUAAAAGCUUUUGUCGUCUUACUGUACAUAUAUAGGCUAUAUAUAUAUAUAUAUGUAUAUAUAUAUAUAUAUAUAUAUAUAUAUACUGUUAAUGUUAUUGAGUGAGGGAGUGUACGACAGCAACGGUUGUUGCUAGAUGAAUAUAGCAAAUAAAUAUAUAAAGUAAAAAGCAGAAAAACAAAAGAGAUUUUAUGCGCAAAAUAUAUAAAAGUAUAAAAAUUUAUUUUCCUGUGCCAAAUUUAAACCGCGUUUUUAUUUAAACGAUAGCAAAAAUCUAAAGCGAGCGAAUUCGGUGAAUUACACGAUGGAUAACACAACACAUGCUUGGCAAAACUAAUUAUGGACGUGACUAAAUCAAGCAGUGUAGAGCGAACAAAUAGAAAAAUAGCAAACCUGACCUAAAGUUAUGUAUUCAAAUUAAUUAAAAAGUUUAGUGUGUAUUCAUCGCAGACAGUAAUGCAUUUUAGUACAUUACUGCUAGCCCAUUUAAACAAGCAAAAGUUAUUGCCUGUCAAAAAUAUUGUCUGUAAGGUGCAUUCGGAAUCUGAUGGUAUCAGUAAAACUAAGAAUAUUCCUAUGACGACAUCUGCGCGGAACAAGCGUCGCUUAUUCGCUAAUUAACGUCGCUUUGGCUGCAGCAAAGAUGCCUAGUUCUCUUCGAUUGUAUGCCUUCAGGUUGAAUAAAACUCUGGACGUCAUCAGGUCUAAACGGUUCUGGUAAAUGUUCAUAGACAUUCCGUUUGUCCGAAUCUGUCAAUGUUAAUGCCCUAGAAACUGAUGCCUAUAGGAAAUAGCCCAAUACGUUUUUGGUCAAACCAAAAAAAGUCAUGCAAAAAUUGAGUGGUCUUGAAUAACACACUACGCAUGUAAACUUUAAUGCAGUAGUUGCUAUAUUUUAAAUUCGGUGCAAAUCCGUAGCAGAAAGUACGAGAUAAAGUUGUAACCUCACGCCAGGUACAUAAAACGAGUAACGAUUGAAGGUUCAAUCGAGCAUGUCAUGGUGCUAGUUGACACAAUUAUACAAUGGUCCUAACAGGUUGUAUUUAGUUGCAUUCGGUGCGGGUUGAUUACCUAUGCCGCAACAAUUACAUUCUUCAAUAACUGGUAAUCGGUAAGAUGCCCACAGAUCAUUCAUUCAAAUCUGCCGCAGAUUUUUGGCUGAACACUUCUAAGAUAUUUGCUUGUAAGCUGCUAUCAUUAGCAGCACCUUUUAAGUUAGUUUCUGUAUAACAUAUUUCUAGACGCCGAUAGCCUCAUUGUAAAGAACUUCAAAAGGAUGAAGUGCCCCGAUCAUGUCUAGGGCAAGACAAUAUGCUGUGUUUAAUAAAAAAACGUUAUUGACUUUAAAGAUUAGUCGAAUAGCUACCGUGAAACAUUCAUCAGUCGAUUGCAAGGAACGACGAAGCACUCUAUAGUGAUGUAUCUUGUUCGAAUAGCUUUAAUAGUGUUUACGGUGUAUGAACCGUGUAACUGGGGAGCUGCGCUUCAGGUGUAUAAUACGACAGAGCAAACGUCGAUAAAAAGUAUCAACAAUGAAACAAAUGAGAGCAAGCUUCAGACGUUCGGUCAAAGUCAAACUUCAGAACAGGCUUCCACAGCACACAAUGCCGAAGUCAACACGACAGAGGACGAUAGCGGUCGAAUGCCACGAUACUUGAUUUUUGUGAUUGACUACUUCGUGAAUUUGACCUCGUUCAAAAAUGGUGAUUCUAAACAAGCUAUAGACUUACCGGAAUCUUCAAAUCUAAUUCAAUUUCCUUAUAAUUUAAAUAUGAAAGGAUUCGUAAAUCCAUUUAAUUCUAGCGUCUUGGCAGAUAAUUCGGGAUCGCGGAAGGCACAAGCCGCGUUGUCAAGCAAACUCGCCGCGAGAAAGGCCGAAGAUGAGAGAAGCGAACAGAAGCGUUCGGACUCUAGUCUCUUGUUUCUCAUUGAGGUUGUCCUCGUCGUGACGGUGUCAGCCGUCGUUCUUAGCUUGCUGCUGAAAAAACCCUCCGCUCGCCCAGUUCUUCCCAUACUUGGUGGAGGCAAACCUACUGUGGGCCUACCUCCGUAUGUUUAAAAAGAAAUUAAAUAACUCAACCAACUAACACUCGGUAAAAAAUGGAAGAACGAGUUUACUGAAUCAAGUGGGCGGACCUUUUGUCUAACGACAGUUGCAUGUCGAAAGUUUUUGACAAAAUAUGACCAUUUGCAUGUGAUAAACUGUGUGUAUUUAGUCUCUUAAUAGAUCUAGCAAUAGCUUUCUUUCGAAAAGUGUAACGUCUACAAAAAACGAGUGGUUCUGCAACUAUGUAAAUGGAGCCACAAUUGCAAAGGAUACUUCAGCACAAAUAAAAGCUCGGUUGUAUUGUUCAAUAUA